AUGUACGCGUACUUGUCCGCAGCACCAACGAAGAAAGUUGACAAAGCAAUAGAAGAAUUUCUCUUCGAAGCCAAAAGAAAUGAGCGCAUGAAAGAAAACUCCAACGGACCGGAGAAGAACUCGAAGCGGCUCAAUGCCAUGGCAUUGGCAUUGAAGAUUCUCUGUAUCUCGCUAAUCGCCGUUGACACUUCUGCGCAAACACCGAAUGAUUAUGGCGAGGAACCGCCCGAGGGAUACUACGCAUUUGUCGAAUCGCCAAAUUCUGUGCCGCCAAAAGUGCGACCGCCGCCCUACACGCAUGUCAGUGCGGACUGCAAGAAUGUCGGUGGCAAUAAAAAGGCCGCUGUUUCGGUUAACAACAUUUGUGGUGAUCUAAACAAAGGACAAAUUCCACAAAAUCCCAUGAGACAGAAUGUUCUCGGCGAGCCGUAUCCAUUUGAGUUGAUACGUAACCAGACACUCAAGUUUUUAUCGAAAACACUGCCGGUGCUUAAAGCUGACGAUACUUUGCCCAAGGUGACACAAAUUGUACGUGACGAACCAGUCGAUCCGGUGGAGAACAACAAUAUCGACCGUCACUAUAAUGCACGAGCAAAACGCGCCACGCCCCCACAGCCACAAAGCCAGCCGCGAGUCGAGGGCCACGAAUUCAGUUAUUUCGACCCCGCUCUAGACGAAGAACAGCGCGCAAAUAGUCGUGCCACCGAGGAACGAAAACCACGCAAGUUCUGCGAUGGCGGUGGAGUCUUUUGCACUUUGUACCGCGCCAUUCAAGGCGAUACAUCGGCCGCACCACAAGCCACAGCUGAACGUCGUGAGGAAAUCGGACCAAUACGUUACGAGGGUCCACCCACACCCUGUCCUGCCAAAGUUGAAUACGCUACACCAGUGUUCGCGAAAAACUAUCAGGGCUUCUGGCGUUACGUUGUGCAAAUUCCAUACGAGGGCUAUUUCACGCAAACCGUCGAAGUGACUCGCUGCAUACAGGCCCGCUGUCAUUACCUGGACGGCGGCUGUCUAUCCUCUCCGCGUUGGGUGAGCUUACUUGUCGCUGAAAUUUUCUACCCGAAUGCAGAGGACGCCGUGCCGACGACUUCAACGACCACGCCAACGCCAUCCGUACAAGACUUUCAAGCUUACCAGCAAUAUCUGCAGAAACGUGCCGGCGUAGCCACCGCCUCUGAUGGUACCAGUCCAACCAGCAACGCCAACGCACCCGAAUACAAUCAACACUGUGAUGGGCACGAUGAUAUCGGUUGCUUCCAAGUGCGCUUGUACUACGAUUGGUUCCUGAUUCCCGGCUCAUGCAAGUGCUGGCGCCCAGACUACUUUGCCAAAUAUGUGCGCAGAAAGUCCGUAGCGGAUUUGUAAACGGAUCAGCGGUAACGCAAAAUACUCACGUACACGUUAUCUGUUUGAAACGGAAAAUCUCAAAAAGUCUCCAACUGGAUUUACUCAUACUCCUGCCUUCUAAUUUAAUUUUUAAGCAUAAAUGCACGGAGCUCCGUUGCCUUUAUGAGUUAGUUUAAUAUUAAAAAUCGUUUGGUGAAGCUUUCAUUCUAAAAUUCCAGCUCAACCCUAUCUGACUACAAACAUUUUCCAGAUACUAGGAAUUUUCAGAAUUUUAGCUUCGCAGCUACUAAUACAUAUUCAAUACCUAAAUACUAACUAAUUAGUUUAAGCUCUUAUUUAAACUCUAUAGCGAGUGCUAGCGAAUGCAUAUUGCUCGCAUUCGUUGAGGUCAAUAAACUGAGAAUCGAGAAGCUCAGUGUCCCUCAGUUCUAUUGCUUCCACGUAUCUCUUUUUU